AUGUCCCGACGCUGGUACUUUGAGACGGCGCCGUCCGGCAAGGAGCAGGUCAUUUCCGUCAAACGCACCCGCUCCCAUAGGCACCACCACCGUCACCACCGCCACCAUGACCCCGACGUCUACAGAGUCAGCCGCGAUGAGUGGGACGGCCUCGUGGAGCGGGAGCGCUGCCUCGCCGAGACCAACAGGAGCCUGGCUGACGAGGCCAAUGGCCUGAGGGCCAGCCUCGCGGCCGCUCAAGCCGAAGCCCACAACUUGUCCAACGUUGUUGUUCCUCAGCUGCAGGGCCAGAUUAACGCGCUCUCGGCCGACAACGAGGCGCUUCGGCUAUCCGUCGACAACGUCGCCAGACAGAGUUGCGAGGAGGAGAGACUGCGCCAAAUCAUCGACAGGCUCGAGAACGACAAGUGCUGUCUGGAAAAGGCGAGAUGUAGCCUGGAGAGGGAAAACGCUGACCUCAAGACGGAGAACGCGAGCCUCCGGGGAAGGAUUAGGUGCCCCUCGAGGCCGAUGGAGCCCGGAUGCGGCCGCCGUCUGCCGGACUUGUCGCGGGACGCCGAGUAUUGGAAGGAUCAGUGCAGACAAUGGCGGUCCAAGUUUGAGGACACGAGGCGGCGGCACGACGACACGUGCGGCAUCUUGGAGAUUCGGACGCAGAAGAUGAGGGCAUACGAGGAGAUACUCAAGCGACGCCGCAUCAUCUAG